GGCCUCCCGCCUGCGCCCGCCCCCGCCCGCACACGCGGCGCGGAGCCGGGGCGGGCCCGCGCCGCUCGCUCCCGCGGCCGCGGCCGCCGCCUCCCUGCGCUCCCCGCCACGCUAGCGCCUGCCCCGGCCCCCCCUCGCCAGCGGCGGCUUUUCAAAGGGUUUCAGCGUGCUGAGUUCAGCUUUGUUCAUCAUGCAGCAGGGUUCACACACCACCCCGAAGCCUUUUCCGCAUGAAUGUUUUAUAGUAAGUUUUGGCAGACACGAGAAGAAGCUGGAGAUGCUGGUGAAUCACUUCUCUUGGCUGUGAUUUUUUAAAUUUUUUAUAAGAACGCUUUUAUGCACUUUUUCAGUUUGAGAGCAAACUGAAGUUGGCGCUUUCUACUGAAAGGGCGAAUUCUACAGAAACGUUACGAGUACCUGAGCAUUGCACACUGUGAAAUUUCAGCAGAGUCACUGGAGCAGUUGGGAUCUGUUCAGGUCUUAAGGUUCUGGUUCUGCUGACCCAAGGGCAGCUGCUAAAGUUACCAGUGAAGAGUCAGAGCUCUGUCCACCAGUGGCUUUCUAUCCUACACUGUGCCUUAAACAUGGAAACUGUAGAAAUGACUAGCGUAUCCUUGAAACGUCCUCAUUCCGAGGAUGGUGUGGCUAAUGCAGAUGAAAUUAAAAGACAGAAGAUCUCAGAGAAGCCUAAGACAGGGAACAACUCUGGGCAGAACAUUGAGACUGUAACAGAGCAACCUGAAAAAUCUCUGCUUGAGGAUGCGAAAAAUGAAAUAAUCCCCAAUGAGGAAGGUGAGGAGCAGGAAGAUGAGGAACUAGAGGAAAGUGAUGAAGAUGGAGAUCCAGAGAGCUUUGCAGACAUGAUGAAGCAUGGACUGACAGAAAGUGAUGUUGGCAUAACUAAAUUUGUUAGCUCUCAUAAAGGGUUUUCUGGAAUCUUAAAAGAGAGAUACUCAGACUUUGUUGUUCAUGAAAUAGCAAAAGAUGGACAUGUGAGCCAUUUAGAUGACUUUUCUGUGCCAGUGGAUGAUGAGGUAAAUUCUGAGGACCCAUCAGAAGAAACAUUUACAGUUUUGUCAGAUGAAGAUAAGAAGCGUUUAGAGGAGCUCCAGCUUUUUAAGAAUAAGGAAACUAGUGUCGCCAUAGAGGUAAUUGAAGACAGCAAAGAAAAAAGAACAAUUAUCCAUCAGGCUAUAAAGUCCUUGUUUCCUGGGUUGGAGACUAAAACAGAAGAUCGAGAUGGGAAAAAAUACAUUAUUGCUUAUCAUGCUGCUGGGAAAAAAGCACUGGCAAAUCCAAGAAAACACUCUUGGCCAAAAUCUAGGGGAAGCUACUGCCACUUUGUACUGUACAAGGAGAACAAGGAUACUAUGGAUGCCAUUAAUGUGUUAUCAAAAUUUUUAAGAGUGAAGCCAAACAUAUUUUCCUACAUGGGAACUAAAGAUAAAAGGGCUAUAACAGUUCAAGAGAUUGCUGUUCUUAGAAUCACUGCACAAAGACUUGCUCAUUUGAAUAAAUGCUUGAUGAACUUUAAAUUAGGAAACUUCAGUUACAAGAACCAUCCACUGAAAUUAGGAGAACUGCAAGGGAACCACUUCACUGUUGUUCUCAGAAACAUAACAGGAACUGAUGACCAGAUAGAGCAAGCAAUGCAAUCUCUCAGGGAAAUUGGAUUCAUUAAUUACUAUGGAAUGCAAAGAUUCGGAACUACAGCUGUUCCUACAUAUCAGAUUGGCAGAGCUAUUCUACAGAACAAUUGGAAUGAAGUAAUGGAUUUGAUAUUAAAACCGCGACCAGGAGCUGAGAAAGGAUACUUAGUAAAAUGCAGAGAAGAAUGGGCAAAGACUAAAGAUCCAGCAGCAGCCCUCAAGAAACUGCCUGUAAAAAGGUGUGUGGAAGGACAGCUUCUUCGUGGGCUCUCAAAGUAUGGAAUGAAGAACAUAAUUUCUGCAUUUGGCAUAAUACCAAGAAAUAAUCGUUUAAUGUAUAUUCAUAGCUACCAGAGUUAUGUAUGGAACAAUAUGGUGAGCAAAAGAAUAGAAGAUUAUGGUCUUAAAGCUAUACCAGGAGAUCUCAUACUUAAAGGAGGCACAGCUGUUCAUAUUGAAGAAGAUGAUGUUGAUAACUACACUAUCCAUGAUGUAGUGAUGCCGCUGCCUGGAUUUGAUGUUAUCUAUCCAAAGCAUAAAAUUGGUGAGGCCUACAAGGAAAUGCUAGUAGCCGACAAUCUUGAUAUCAACAACAUGAGGCAUAAAAUCAGAGAUUAUUCACUUUCAGGAGCAUACAGAAAGAUCAUCAUUCGACCUCAGAAUGUCAACUGGGAGGUCGUUGCAUAUGAUGAUCCUAAAAUCCCACUAUUUAGUACGGAUUUGGAUAAGCUGGAAGGAAAACCACUACCAGUUCUUCCUACAGAUGGUAAAUUCAGGGCACUGAAGAUGGAGUUUUCCCUUCCCCCAUCCACUUACGCUACUAUGGCAAUUCGAGAAGUGCUAAAAAUGGACACAAGUAUAAAAAAUCAGACACAGCUGAAUACCACCUGGUUACGCUGAAUGAACUGUAAAAUGGGUUAGAUUUUAUCAUGUAUGAACUGUUUUACUACUACAUGUUCUGAACAAAUCUUUAAAGAGCGGUAGUGAGAGAUUUGUAUUUUUUAAAGUUUUUAUUAAUGCAAGAAAUUAACAUAAAUCAUUUGCAAGGUGGUGGUUGUCAUAUAAUGUAGAUUUUAGUGAUUGACGCUUUUUAAUGAAUGAAUAAAUUGCUUGAGCUGUAACAUGGCUGCAUCUUUAAGAAGUGGGCUCGUAAUAGUUUCAGACCUGGAGGAACCUUUAGUUUGCUUGUCUGGAAGUACAGCGAGCAUCGAAUGUUUUCAUGAGUUUAGCACAACUUAAACUCUCUUCAAACAUAUUUAAUUACAGAUUAGGAAAACCAAUAAAACUGAGAUAUUGGUGAGUAUUUGUAUCAAAGAAGGAACUUUAAGUAGCCCUAGGAUGGCGGUAGCAUUUGCGCUUGAUGCGGUAGAGGAUUCUGUUAGUAAGGCAUUUUAUGUGGAGUGAUGGUGUACAGCUGUUUCACUUACCUGUAGUCUUUUAUUAAGAAAAUAUUUGUGCGUAUUUUCCUGCUUUACUAAUACCUGUACUAAAAAACAGGUAAGGAAAAUAAAUUAACCAAAAAGCCUAGGUGAAUGUCGUAACUGCUUCCUCUAUGCGUCUUGGUGUGUCCAUUGCCGGCAGUGGAUGAGCCAGCCUCCUCACAGGGGAAAAAAAACAUGAUAAAGCCAUUGUGAAAUGACAGUUAUUGCCUUUGCAAUCCAUUUCUAUACCAAAUAAGAAAACUUGUGUUGCUUGUGUUAAUAAACUCAUGGAAAUACAAAACAG